AUGGCUGCCCUGGCCAGUUCUCUCAUCCGUCAGAAGCGGGAGCUGAAGGAACAGAACCACUCGCGCCCGGCGCCGGUCAGAAGGAAGCCCAGCCCUCGGGGGAAGAGCUCGCUGUGUCAGAAACCCCUGCUCCUCUUUAUCGGCAAGGUGCAGCUGUGUGGCGGCUGGAACAGGAGACUGGAGAGGAGCAGUGACGGCCUGUUGAAGGGGAUUGUUAGCCAACUCUUCUGCCAGCUUGGUUACUACCUGCGCCUGACGCCAGCGGGGACACUGGAUGGGACGGAGGAUGAGAUGAGUAUGUACGCGCUCUUCAAUCUCAUUCCCGUGGGUCUGAGGGUGGUGGCGAUCCAGGGAGUGAAAACCGGCCUCUACAUCGCCAUGAACUGCAACGGAUACCUCUACACGUCGGAACACUUCACCCCAGAGUGCAAGUUCAAGGAGUGUGUUUUCGAGAACUACUAUGUGACCUACUCCUCGAUGCUGUACCGACAGCAGGGCUCCGGGCGCUCCUGGUACCUCGGCAUCAACAAGGACGGCCAGGCCAUGAAGGGCAACCGGGUGAAGAAGACCAAGAGAGCAGCACAUUUCCUGCCCAAGCUCGUCGAAGCUGCCCUCUACCAGGAGCCCUCCCUACAUGAGCUGAGCGAGGAUCAGCCGGAGGCAAAGAAGGGAGUCAAGACAGCAGCCAUUAACGGCGGGAAGGAGGCCAAACUGAAGACGGAGGUGUAG